AUGUUUUCGCGAUUCAAUCAACUCGCUCGUCAUCUCUCUCGCCCACUCCCCAACUACGCUCAUACAUCGGCCGCGGCAUUCACGUCCUCUGUACAACCUCUAUCCAGCAUGACAUCAUUCGCGACGUUCCACGAGAACAAAACCAAGACGAUAUACACGGCAGCAUGCUUGAUUAUUGGCGAUGAAGUCCUCGGCGGAAAAACAAUCGACACAAACUCCGCCUACUUCGCGCGCUGGUGCUUCUCGCUCGGCAUUACACUCAAACGCAUCGAAGUAAUCGCCGACGACGAAGACGAAAUCAUCGAAGGUGUACGCCGGAUGAGCUCCAAAUACGACUUCGUCGUGACCAGCGGCGGCAUCGGCCCCACGCACGACGACAUCACCUACUCCUCCAUCGCGAAGGCAUUCAACCUCCCACUCAAACUCUACGAGCCGGCGUUUGAGCGCAUGAAGAAACUCUCGAGACCGAGUCAAUUACAGCCGGGAUUCAAAUGGGAUGAGCCGUCCCCAGCACUCACGGCGAGGUUAAGAAUGGUUGAGCUUCCGUACGACGAGACUGUGGAUGAGGAUAUGCAGAAUGUCUUUGUGGCCGAUGAUUCGUGGGUGCCGAUUGCGACGGUGAAUGGGAAUGUGCAUAUUCUACCUGGUGUGCCUAGGCUGUUUGAGAAGUUGCUCGAUGGUCUUAAGCCCGUCGUCACACCGCGAUUGGCUGAUCCAGAAGGUAAUGGUUCGUACAGAGUGUUGAUUAGUACGCCGUUAUCCGAGAGCUCGGUUGCGGCGUACUUGACCGAUUUGGCUUUGAGGGUUAUGCCACACGGCGUGAAGGUAGGAAGUUAUCCGCGAUGGGGGAAGAAGAGGAAUACGGUGACGCUGGUGGGAGCCAAUAAGGAGUAUAUUGAUUCUUUGGUGGCGGAGGUUGAGAAAAAUGUAGAGGGGAGACGGGUUUCGAGGGAGGGCGAAGACGACGACCCAGAUGAUGCUUAG